AUGCUCAGCUUCGUCCCGAUUGACUUGAAGACGUGUUGCCAGAAGGCGGACACGAACUUCCUGUCGCGUCGAGCCACGCCUUCCGCCGUCACCUUCUUCGUAGUUGACACAAAAUGGCACCGUUCCGUCAACCGAUCGAUGACAACCCAGAUGGAGUCGACGUCUCGCUUCGUUCGCGGGAGAUCCGUGAUGAAGUCCAUGGAGAUCGACCUCCACCAUUCAUCUGGGAUGCUUAGUGGCUCAAGCCAACCAGGAGGCUUCGUUAACCGAGGCUUUGUCAAGUAUGUUCGCUCAGCACCAGGAUGGCCGCCGAAGUUGGUGUCAUGA